AUGGACGCCGACGACGCUCCUCCUGUCGCCGACGGCAACUACGGCGUGCUGCCCGCGGACAUGCUCUACUACAUCUUACUCUGCCUACCGGCGAACCAUCUCUGCCGCCUCCGCCUGGUGUGCCUCUCGUGGCGGUCGCUCACGUCCGACCCGCUCUUCGCCAGGGCGCACUCGUCGCGCCAUCCGCACGUCGCCGCCCUUCACUGCUACCUCCAGGCGCUCGACGUCAUGGACCUGCACGACAAGAUCGUCGUCAGGAGGAUAUACCUCAGGCAGCCCAGCUUCUGCCUAGUCGCACAGCACAAUCUGAUCUGUGUUGGGUACACCCACGCCCACUACACAGCAUGGCGACGCGGCGCCUGCGUGCUCAGCCUGCAGCAGGGCACUGGUUCAACCAUCGCCGACUUAAGUAUGGAGCACGACAUGUCAGGCCGCUGCCGAAUGCCGCCCACAUUUAAGCUUGGGCAUGUCCCCUCCACCGGAGAGUACAAGGUAAUUCACCUGUACAUGCCCAUGGCGCCAGACAACUCCAUGGCCAUGGUGGACAGGUGCCAUGUCAUGACACUUGGUAGUGGCGACGGGAGGUGGAGGGAGAUGCGAAAACCUCCGUGCUGCUCCGACAUGGAGCCCGAUAGCAUAGCCUCGUUCGACUUGGCUACCGAGGAGUGGAGAUCAAGGAUACUCCAAGGGCCUGUACAACCUAGCACCAAAGAUGAGGUCCGGAUGCUAGUCGAGCUGGGUGACUGCUUGGUCAUGGUUCAUCACAACCUUAAAGAUUUGAUCACGGAUCUCUGGUUCAUAGAGGACAUGAACAAGUCGCUCUGGACCAAACGAUGUUCCAUACGGUGGGGGGCGACUCUUCUUGGUGUCAAACGCAUUGAGCGUGUCCGGCCGCUAAUGGUCUCAGAUGAUGGAAGGAUAGUUUUCUGGAUCCCUGCGGGAGCUGGGGUCAUUGGAGCAUAUGAUCCAAGAACAAGUACCUGGGUUGAUCUGGCAAAAAUGGGACAUUAUUUAACCGUCGCCACGCAUCAGGGGAUGAGUCUCUUAUUGAGCUAG